UGUGUGAUGUGUGUAUUAUUGAAAGCACGUGUUCUUCUGCUGAGAAAAGGCUUUUACGCGUAUGCAGAUGAGGGCGCGGGAGGGGCGGAGUUACUGGAAGAUCAGAUUUAAAUUAAACAUCAGAUAAAAACCAUUAAAAAGGAUCAUUUCUUCACAAUAAGAUCGACGCAAUGCAUUUACAAAGCAGUCGGGAUUCAUUUAAAUGACUUGCUGGUUUUAAUUCAGCCGCGCUCUCGGAGAUUUGUCCCUGCAUCUUCGUGCUUUUAUUCUGUUAGGAUGUUCGUACUUCCGGCCAUGCGCAGAAAGCGGCGCGUGUCGUCACUGCUGUGCAGCGGCUGGUCCAGCUGAUCGUCUGCUCGAACACUAACUAGGUACUGGUGAUGGCUACAGAGAGCGCUAUAGUGCAGGACUGGCUUUCAGAAUAUAAGGCGCUGUCAGAAGCGCAGCGGUGUGGUUAUGCCUCAGUCCUCCAGCAGAGGGAGACUCUGGUUCCAGCACUGUACUCCGUCAUCCAGAACCCUCACAGUGAGCUGCUGGAGCCGGUGUGUCAUCAGCUGUUCGAGCUGUACCGCAGCAGUGAGGAGCGUCUGCGCUGCUUCACUCUGCAGUUUCUGCCGGAGCUGCUGUGGGUUUUCAUGCGCAGAGGAGCUGCAGACGCCAGCGGGAGCGUACAGGCCCUGCUGCUGGGCAUCUACAACCUGGAGAUCGUGGAUAAGGAUGGGAACAGUAAGCUGCUGUCCUUCAUGAUCCCGUCUCUGUCCAAGCCCUCCAUAUACCACGAGCCGUCCAGCCUGGGCUCCAUGGCUCUGACUGAGGGCGCUCUGUGUCAGCAUGACCUGAUCAGGGUGGUGUACAGCGGCCUGCACCCGCAGAGAGAGACCUUCACUGCGCAGAACAGGUUUGAGGUGCUGUGCUUCCUGAUGCUGUGCUAUAACUCAGUGGUGGUCUACAUGCCCUGCUCCUCGUACCGGGCCGUCUGCAGGAUGAGCUCGCGGCUGUGUGUGUGCGGGUUCCCCCGGCAGCAGCUGAAGGCGUGGUCGGCUCCUGGUCUGCGUGUGAUGCUGGACCCGGAGUUCAUGGUGCAGAUGCUGACCGCUGUCUAUCAUGCCAUGUGAGCAAAACCAACACAACAACAUUACACAAUAACACGAGAUCAACACACCAACACAGCCAGCCGUGAGUGAACAUGGGCAAACACACCUAAACACUCCAGCUUCUGGAAUAGGGCAGGCCAGCGCAGUGAGGAGAACUGCCUUAUCCCUCCUGAAAACUGGCCACCAGGGGGCACUAUCAGAGCCUUAACUGAGCUGUCAGUGAACUGUGUGU